AUGGAGAUUGCUAUAGUUGCUGCACAUAACCUGAAGGCACUUGCGGACCUGGGCGGUUUGAGUGCAACAGUAUCCCAGCCAACAAAGUGCCUGGAGGAGACUCCUUCGGGUUUGUUACCGAUGCGUGUCCGAAGUUCCUCAGUGAGUGGUUACAAACGGUGCCGUCUUGUGGCUCGCUUCCUAUCUAGAAGCACGGAGAACGGUUGCUCACUUCCCUCUCAGAACUUCAACUCUACAGGUGGAGGGAAUCGAUGUGGGAUGGCAAAUCUUCCUCUCGUUUGCCUCCUUCCACUUGGUAGGGAUCCCAGGGAGAACAGUGGAGUAAUACAGUUUGAAGGGGAGCUGCUGGGUUCAUUUCUCUCGCGUCGGCACUGUGUCGUGCAACUCGCUGGUCGAGAACCGCUGCGUGGUUCACCGGACGCGGGGUUGUGGUGUGCUCUUAGCGUCCGUGAUUGUGGAAGUAAAAAUGGAACAUUUGUGAACGGCAAGCGCUUGGCAACUGGGGAUACAUCACCUUCAGUACUCUUCGAUCCCUCCUCUGGAACAUCGUGGAAGCAGCCGCUUCUUACGAUAGAGUUUGGCCCUGGCUCUAAACUGGGUGCGGAAGAGUCGCUUUCGAGUGAUCAACUACUUUUACGUUUCCACGUAUUCGCACGCUGCCUAUGUGAAGGGGAACACAUUCAACGCAUCCAGCAGUUUUUGUGUUGUCUCCCAACUGCAAUGGAUUACCUGCCGACACCGCCGUUCGUUUCUUCCCCUUGCAGUUUGGCGGAAAGUGCCAACACGGAGGCGAAGGGUGAGGGUGAGGCCUCGAGUAUGGGCUCUCCCGCUGUCGCCCCAUUGAAAGACAACGGUGAUGUCAAUACGCGUGCUGUAGGAUCCGCGGAACGUGCUUCGAAUACCGAUAAACCUGUGGUCAACAUUCAUUGUUCCCCAAGUGGUACAUCUGGAAAGGUCACCCGAUCACAGUCACCGAUAGUUAUAAAGAGGAGGAGAGUCGGAGGUGGCAGCCUUGCGUCAAGCCAAAGGGCGAGAUUUGAUGGGAAUUCAGCGGCUUGCAGUGGUGAGGGUGGACGGAGUCGAGGCAUGAAAGGGGGCGGUGAACGCGCUUUGCCAUCACGUACUCCAUCCCAUGGAGAGGCACCCGAUGCUUUAAAGCGGGAUUCUGUCAAAAGGGAACCCACUCGGACCUCAUUGGAGGGUUGGGACGACAUUUUCCUUUCCGCUGAUGUGAACGAGCAGGACGUUGUGUUGCCUAGGAGUGGCACAGCAAGGUCUGGCCAACUGGUACCGGAUAACGGAAGCUGUGGGAUAGCUGACUUCUUUUUCCCCUUCGAACUGCCGGGACUGACGGCAGUGAAGAAAGGCAUAAAACGGAAACGUGCGGCUGGCAGGUGA